AUGGUCGAAGUUAUGAACGCGAUUAUUCCUUGGAUUGUUUGGGUGUAUGCAGUUUCACAAGCUCACUCAGCGACCCCAGAUAGAGAUGUAAGGUACUUGUAUUUCACUGGAGGCGAUGCUACAGAUUGGUAUGAUGCUAAAGAGAAUUGUGCAAAGAUCAAUGGUAGAAUGGCGAAGGAUAUCAUUAUAACCGAUUGGGAUUUACGUUUAAAAUCACUGAAUCCAUUUUUAGACAAUUUGUAUUGGACUGGGUUAAAGAAAGAAAAUGGCGAAUGGAGAUGGGAAGACGGCACUAUAAUAGAUUAUCAGUCAACUCAAGCGGCUCCGUUGCGACCAGAAAAUUCUGCCAAUAUUCCACAUGAGUGUGCGUUAUGGAGCCCUUUAGAACCGUUCUGGAUACCCAGCGACUGUUCUGACAUACAGCCGUAUAUUUGUGAACUAAGAGCAGAAGCUGAUGAAGCUGAUUUUAGAGACAAAUUCAACAGGUCUUCAUCUACCAACAUCAACGAAACUUUGUUUUUCAUUGGACAAGGGGACCUGACGACCAAGCAAUGUCAGGACUUGUGUACUAAAUUUCGCGGAAAUGGAACUGAUAUAUUCGAGACAUUAGAAUGCUGGAUAGCCGAGUACCAAAUACAAACUAACGGUGGAACAAUAUGUUAUGCAGUUCUAAGCGUGGAUCAGCCCUCAACGAUCGCAUUACAGAGUGCAAGCUCUGAAUUUCAAAUACUGAGCCGACACUGUCUUGACGUGGAAGCUUUUAUCAAUGACACAUGUGACUGUCGAUGUAUCAACAUCACAGUUCCUGUAAUUCCAGCUACGGAAGAAGAGUUCCAGGAAUUUGUUGAAGAGAAACGAGAUGAAGCGAAAAAAGAACUGAUUGUGGAGAAAAAGAACCUCUCAGCUGUGGUCAGAAAGAAAAUUAGCGCACCGGACGAGCGAGACUCCUCUACUGGAAUGGGUUAUUUCGGAAUUGCUGCCAUAUCAAUUGUUCUGGGUGGACUAAUACUCGCUGAUGUCUCGGCGAUGAUCAAAGAUGCUAAACUAAUGGUAGACAAUUUAAGAAGUCGUUUUGGUUGA